AUGCAGCUCACUUCCUUCGCCAUUACUUACAUCCUGAGCGUUGGAGCCCUCGUCAGCGCAGCUCCUCUCGCUGGUGUUGACGCGUGCGCCGCCGUGGGCGAUGUCGUCUCUCUUCUCACGGGGCCCCUGAAGUCGCGGGCCAGCUCCUUCUGCUCUGAUUAUCUGGGUGGACCAAAGACGACAGUUUUGGUCCAGACGGCGACCGUGACGGGAGCUACUGUGACCUCGCUGGCCACCCUCCCCAACCAGACACAGACCGCAACUGCGUCAACAACCACCAUCACCACCAUCACCUCGACAGUCACGCAGCGGGAGGCCAACCCCACCACCACCGUCGCGGUGACCGCCACCGCCGCUAUGCGGACAGUCUACCAGCGCGGACUCACCACGGUCCCCGUCCCCAUCCCCACGCCGCUGCGCAUCUUUGCUGCCUCCAAGAUCUCGAGUGCCUGCUCCUGCAUUGUGGCGCUGCCCACGACGACACUCCGCAGCACAGCGACCCAAAACGUGGCUGGGCCCGUGACGACACAGACCGUCCAGGGUCGGACGGUAACCGUAACCUAUACCUUCACCGUGCAAGAGACCACCAGCUUCAUCACCACGCAGACUGUGCCCGCCACGGGGACCGACACCACCACCGCAACCGUCACGACCGUCACGCCGAUCCUGGUCAAGCCCAAGAUCUGCAACGCCAAGGGCUUGCCCAAUAUUUUGAGCUAUACCUCCAACUUCAACACCAACCAGGCCGCCUGCAUCGCCUCGUGCAAGAACGACAGUCGAUGCUUGUCCACUGGCUUCUACAUCGUCACCGACCCCUUUACCGGCACGUCGACGGGUACCUGUCGCAGUUAUGACCAGCCUGUGGCAGACACGGCCGAUCUGGGAUCUGGUGGAACUUACACCUUCAACGAUAAGGCUUGCUAA